AUGACAAAACAGGUCAGUGGCUCACCUUUCCUCAAGCCCUUCUUCAUGAAGACGCCGGUCAGAGUGGUCAGCCCACGGCAACAGAGACGGCAUACUCUCCCCGCCAGCGAGUUCAGAAACCUCACCGUACAGGAUGCCAUCAGUGUGUUUGAAAUUGAGAGAGAAGCAUUUGUCUCUGUGUCUGGAGAGUGUCCACUUACUCUGGAUGAAGUGCUUAAUUUCCUGGGUCAGUGCCCUGAGCUGUCCCUGGGUUGGUUUGAAGAGGGGCAGCUGGUGGCUUUCAUCAUUGGCUCAGGCUGGGAUAAGGAGAGGCUUUCACAGGAGGCCAUGACUCAACACGUUUCCGACAGCCCCAGCGUACACAUCCACGUGCUGUCUGUGCAUCGCCACUGUCGACAGCAGGGCAAAGGCUCCAUCCUCUUGUGGCGCUACUUGCAAUACUUGCGCUGUGUGCCGGGUCUCCGGCGAGCUCUGCUGAUCUGCGAGGACUUCCUGGUGCCAUUCUACGUCAAGGCUGGCUUCAAGGAGAAAGGAGCGUCAGAGAUCUCUAUAUCCAACAUGCAAUUCCGAGAGAUGGAGUACACGGUCGGUGGGCAGGCGUACGCCCGCCGGAACAGCGGCUGCUAA